AAGGGGCUUUCCUGCAGGCUCAGUGUUGGGCGCACUUGGUGGGCGGGCGCGGAGGCAGUCGCUGCUGCUUUCGACUCAGCUGGAGGAUCUCUAAGAAACAGACUUAGUGGAGUCCCUUUCCCUCCCGGCCUCGAAGUUGGGCCUCACGGGUAGUGUUCAAAGAAAAAGCAAAACAAAAAAACAGCAGCGAGAGUUCCCCUGUGCGAGCUCCCCUUCUCUGCCUUCGGGGGCCCGCUCCUCCCGCUGCGCAGAGACUUCCAGCCGGGUCAACUCCGGACUGUCUCCGGCGGGGCCGGCCUGCAAGGGUUAAGUGGCAGCGCGUCCCCGAGGGGAGGGGACUUGUCUCGGCGGUCCCCUGACUUCCGCGCCUCCAGGCUUGCGCGGCUCGGGGCAGUGGGCGUGGGGCGGAAUCGGCGACGCUGCGGUCCCGCUGUCUUUCCUUCUCCAAGCCGAGGGGAAGUGGCUCAGCGCUCGGCUGCCGAGGAAGACGGACCGCCCCCGCGCGGGGCUGCCGCGCUGCCCGCCUCCCUGGAUGAAAAGAAAUGCUGAGAAAUAAAUAAAGCUUUCCUCUUCUGACUUGGAUAUUUAUAAUGGGUAUCGGGAAGUCUAAGACAGAUCCCUGCCUUCUUUCUCUCUCUUGGAGUAAAAGCCACGGUGUGGAUACAAGUCAAAAACCUCACGAGACAGAUUGCACGAUAUCUGAAGAAAUCCCCCUGCAUGGUGGCGAAGAUGUUGCAUGUAGCAGUUCAGCAGAGAUGCCAACAGGAGAGCAGGAGGGAGCUGACGGAGUGGAAGAGAUGCCUGAAGAGGAAGCAGAAGAAGAGGUGUUCCUCAAAUUUGUGAUACUACACGCAGAAGAUGACACAGAUGAAGCCCUCAGAGUCCAGAAUCUGCUGCAAAAUGACUUCGGGAUCAAACCUGGAAUAAUCUUUGCUGAGAUGCCGUGUGGCAGACAGCAUUUACAGAAUUUAGACGAUGCUGUCAAUGGCUCUGCCUGGACAAUCUUGCUAUUGACUGAAAACUUUCUAAGAGACACCUGGUGUAAGUUCCAGUUCUAUACAUCUCUCAUGAACUCCGUGAACAGACAGCACAAAUACAACUCUGUCAUCCCCAUGCGGCCCCUGAACAACCCCCUGCCCCGAGAAAAGACCCCCUUUGCUCUGCGAACCAUCAACGCCCUGGAGGAAGAAAGUCGUGGCUUUCCUACACAAGUGGAAAGGAUUUUUCAGGAGUCUGUGUAUCAGAUACAACAGGCUAUAUGGAAAGAGACCAGAAAUCUGGUACAAAGACAAUUGAUUGCCUGAGAUGGGACAUAUAACACGUGGUGUGCCCUUGUUUUGUAAAGCAAAUGGUUUCUCUUCACUUGAGAAAGCAAAUUUCUAGGAAAAGUUUAAAUGGAAGAGAACCUUGCUCUUAGGGGAAAACUGUAGAGCCCAAGAAAAAUAGAUUUUUGCAGGACACUCUAUAGAAUUGAGGUACUUUUUGAUGUUUCUCUAAACUUGCAAUUGUCAGAGUUGCAAGAACUCUGAUUCCUCUCACAGCUUUCCUAGUUCAACAAAGGAUAUUUUAAAUUCACUUUUCUUGUAUUGAACUUGAACAAGAACUUAUAUGAUAGACAUUUAAAAAAAUACCAUAACACUUUGAUUUUGUUCUCAAAGGACACGUUGGCAAAACAAUGGCCUUGAGAGAUCUGACAGCCCUCCCUGUUGCGGCACCUCUCAUGAAUGUUGCAGGAAAGCCUUCCCAGUAUUAUCGCCCAGAAAUAGGGAUAGCCAGAUUAGUUCAUUUGGAAUGGUGAGAACUGAUAAAUGUGAAACGAAAAAUAGAUGUGAGAACGGUGGGCCUCUUUAAAAUAAUCCAGUCCAAUGUGUUUUCCUUUCUGCUGGAAUUUGCAAAGUUGGAGGCAGUUCCCACCACUGAUUGGUGGCCCAUUUGACAAUCUUGUGGUUAGGACUCCGUGCCUGGGGUUGAGAUGACCCCUGUAGCUGGAAACUCUCCAUGUCAAUCUUCAUCUGUGACCAGGGGCUUCUGAAAAGGUGUAUGUGUCCCUGGCCAGAUGUUCUUUAAAACUGGUAACCUCUUCUAUGGCAACCAUUAAAAAUUCAUCUCAUUCACAAUGCUCUUAUCAUGGAAGUAUUUCUCAGAUGAUCAGUGUAGCCUGACUACUCUGACCUACGUACGUGUGUGUGUGUGUGUGUGUGUGUGUGUGUGUGUGUGUGUGUGUGUGUGUUUGAGGUCAUGGGGGGGGGGAUUGUAGGUUAUUCUUGGACUUGGGAUAGAAGUAGAUGUGUUUUAUGGCCUCCUCCCUAGUGUCUCACACUUAGCAAGCCAGAAGCCCCAAACCAGACUCACCCACUCCUUUCUUUCCCAGCCCUUCUGCCCCAGCUGAGAUUGAGGAGAAUCAUCAAGCACAGACCAGGGACAGGGCAGAAUGUGAAUCACAUCGUGAUGUAAUGAGAAAAACAUCCAAUGGUGGAUCAGGAGACCUGGUUCUAGUCCAGUCUCUGUCACUCAGGGUGAGUGUGACCCUGAGCAAGCUGCUUACUCUCCUGUCUGUGAAAAGAAAGGAUUGAAUUGAUGGAUCUGGAAAGGCCUUACUCCUCUCCCACAAUCUGAACAACUGGAAACCGGAAAAGGGAAUAAGCAGAAACAUAGAAUUUUAUAAUGUGAUAUAUAAUAGAUGCAAGAGGCUGCCUAUAUCUGCUAAUAAAGAAGGGAUAUCCUGUAUA